AUGUGUGAUAUCUGGUUCACUACCUCUACACAAAUGUUCAUCAAUAAUUCUGUUGAUUCCACGACGGUGAGUAGUACUGCUGAUAGAGAAUUAUCUGAGAGAUUAAUUAUCAGAUCAGCUUCUCUAAUGCAUGAUAAUUCACAGUCAUCUGUUACUCCAACUCCAAUCGCAUUCAAUGUAAAUGAAAAUACACCUACAGGAACAAUUAUCGGUUAUAUACCUGAAUUAAUUUAUCCUACACCUCCAGCAAACAUAAAAUUCACUCUACCGCAAAAUACAUUUUUCGAAAUUGAUUAUAAAGGUGCCCUCCGUGUUAUUGGUGAAUUGGACAGAGAUGAUAAUCCAUAUUUAUGUCUUGAACCUGGUUAUCCACAACAUUGUAUAUGGAGUAGUUUUGCUAUCACAACUGAUGGUCAGUAUAUAGGAUUACGUAUUACUGUCAAUGAUUUAAACGACAACAUUCCUAAAUGGCCUCAAUCAUUUAUUUUGAUUAAUGUACAAGAAGAAAUUAAAACAAUACAAAAUUUUGAAUUACCUUUAGCUAGUGAUCCAGAUUAUGGCAUAAAUUCAAUACAAGAGUAUAAAUUGAAGACAGAUAUUAUGGAAUCGAAAUAUUUUAAGUUAAUUGUAGAAAAGAAUGGAAUGAAAAAUUUAAGUUUACAUAACGUUCAUUUAGUAUUAAGUGUUAUUGAAUCAUUGGAUCGUGAACGCCAAGCUUGGUAUAACUUAAGCCUUUUGGCCAUUGAUGGCAAUAAACCAUAUCAUACAGGUACAUUGAAAAUAACUGUUCAUAUAACUGAUGAAAAUGACCAUACACCAGUGUUCUCAAGUCAAGUGUAUCAUGCUGUAAUAUCUGAAGAUUUAGAAAUAGGAAGUCUGAUCUACUUAACUGAAAAUAAUCAAACUUCCAAUGUUAUUGACCCAUUAGAUAUUCUAAGCGAUGAUUCUUCAUCUAAACUUCAUCUCAAAAACCAGUUAUAUGCUACAGAUCCUGAUGAAGGUUUAAACGGCGAAAUCGAAUACCAUUACGCUGCUUCAACACCAAAGUCUGUCACUGAAAGUUUUGAAUUAGAUAAACAUACUGGACUACUAUAUAUCGCUAAAAGUCUAAACUACGAUAUUGGUCCAAAUGAAUGGAAUUUUCAAGUAAUUGCAUCAGAUAAAGGACGUCCAGCUAGGUCAAGUACAACUACUGUACAAAUCAGUUUGAACGAUGCAAAUACUCACGCACCAACAAUUAAAUCACGGAUACAAUUAUCAGAAAAUUAUAAAAAACACUUAUCUCGAUUGAAUAUAACUGUUGCAUCAAAUAGUGAUAAUAUGUUACACAUUCCAGAAAAUGCUCCACAUACGAAUGAUGCGCUAGUUGUUUUAACAGUAACCGAUCAGGAUACAGGGUCCGGUGGAUCUUUUGAGUGUGCAUUAAAACCAAGUGAUAUUAACACCAUUAAAAGUAACAUUUUAUCAAACGGACCAAGUUAUCAUGACCAUAGAGACUAUACUACCAAUCCACAAAUCACAGAGCGAUUCCUUUUAAAUUUCACGGGGAAACUACCAAAGUGGAAAAUAUACAAUAUAUAUGCGACUACAACAUUUGAUCGUGAACUUGAACAUACAUACCUGUUAAAUAUUAUAUGCAUUGAUGAGGGAACACCAAAAAUGACUUCCACAUAUACACUGACUGUGAUUAUUGAAGAUGAAAAUGAUAAUGCUCCAGAAUUCACUGAAAACCAGUAUGAAAUUCAUGUGACAGAAGAAAAUCCAUCGAACUCGACAGUUGGUAGAAUUGUAGCCAUUGAUAAAGAUGCUAAUCAAAAUGGAAAAGUUAACUAUAGAAUACAAUGGUCGUCAACUCAAUAUGAACAAUAUAAACACUUAUUCGUUUUAACAGAACAUGGAAAGUUAAUUGCAACAGAAAGUUUGGAUAGAGAACGUGUCCCAAAUGGAUAUAAAUUUACUGUAACUGCAUUUGAUUCAGGAAUACCAAGUUUAUCAACAACCACAAACGUUCAUGUUAUUUUGGACGAUAUUAAUGAUUGUAUACCAAGAUUUUCUCAAUCUGAAUAUAAUUUUACAAUAGAUGAGGAUCUGAUGCAAAAUUAUACUGGACCAAGAAUUAUUGGCAUGGUGGUUGCGACUGAUUGUGACAUUGGAUUAAACAGUAUGUUAAUCUAUUCUGUUCUUGAUCCUGGUUUACCAUUUGAAAUUAAUUCCCAUGGUAUUUUGAAAACAAACCGUCUUAUAGACCGAGAGUCCCAGUCAAUUUAUCAAUUUACCGUUUUGGCUACCGAUGGUGGCGUUCAGUCAGAAAAUAGAUAUUUACUGGAGAAUUAUCAGAUUGAUGAUUAUAAUGAAGGAACAUACGAAGUAUUAAAUGAUAAAGUAACGUCACAAGUUAAAAACAAGAUUCACACAUCUGCAGUCACUGUACGCAUUCUAGUCACAGAUCUUAAUGACAAUACUCCAAUUUUUGUGUACCCAAAUACAAGUGUAUUUAAGGUUCGACUUUCUGUACAUGAGAAAAAAGGAUUUAUAGUAACACGACUGGUAGCCAUUGAUAAAGAUUCAGGUAAAAAUGGUGAAAUACAUUACAGUUUGCUGAAAGGUGAUCCUAGACAUGUAUUCGGAUUACGCCAUGAUACAGGAGAGAUAAUUGUAACGAAUACUAUUCAAAAAUCUGAAGAUGUUUCUACAAUUCUAUCAAUUCAAGCAUCGGAUCGUGGAGUUCCACCAAAAACAAGUAAAAUAGAUGUUCAAAUAUUUAUAACUGACUCACCACCAAUCGGUAGAAGUCUUGGUACACUUGAUGAAUAUCAAUUGGCUAAUUUAAAAUCACUUGGCCUAAUCGGUAUCACUGAAGUGGAUAAUACUGGUGCUAUUGAAUUGAAUAAACUAAUCAUGAUGUGUAUUGUUGUGUCAACAACAAUAUUGUGUAUUAUAUUGAUUUUUACUAUUGCAGUGUUUGCUAAACGUACAACUUGUAAAAAUGUUUUCACCUCAGUAAAACAAUGUCGGUUGGUAAAAGACAGAAAGUCGAAAGGAAGAAAUAAUGUUCUUGAUGUUAUUCGUAAAGACAAUGAUGAUAAUAUUGAUCAGUCGAAUGGAUUUCAAGAAGUAAUGAAAAAUACUCAAGAAUUAAAUUCAAUUGAAUUCUGUGAUGUUUUACCUCAUCUACAAUCUGAUCAUUAUCAUGAAAAAGCACAGAAAAGUUCACUUAUUCUUAAAACACCAAAUACUCUCUCUAAUGCAAUCAAACUUGAUCAUUUACUUCAAUUUGUUAAAGAUAGUGAUAGUAAUAAUAAUAACGAUACUACUAAUAAUGAUAACAAUCAUUAUCAUAAUAACACCGAUGAAAAUAAUAUUACCGGAUCUACAUUAGCAAAUUUACACUGUGAUACUAUAAAUUCACCUGAUCAAAACAUCAGUUUAUCAUCCCAUAAAAAACAUAAUUUUAUUAAUAAUACAUUAUUUAUGGGACAUUUAGAAUGUAAUCGUUUAAUUACCACAGAAGUUAAUCGAGAAACUCGUGCUGAAAGUUUAUCGACAUCAGUUAUAAUUUCUUCUCCAUAUACUUCUUAUAAGCAGGAUGCAGUGAUGACUCUUCCUCGUGUAUGUGCUAUUCAUGGAGCUCCGGAGACUGCAAUGAAACUACUCGCUGUUCCAUUGAAUGAUUCAUCAUAUCUUGGUUGCUCUGAAACGCACAGAAAUCUUUGCGCUUCUCCAUUAAAUGACGCUCCUGUAAUUGACUCAGAUGUCGAUUCUGGACGUGGUGGCAGUGUAAAUAAUAUUGGUAGUUCACCGAACAGCGAACAAACUAAUCUACAUCAUCAUGUUCCCUUCCAUAAAACAGAUGCUACAGUAUACCCGGUUCACUAUCUCACUGGGAGUUUGAAUUUUAGUUUAAUUCCAGUAUCUGUUACUACAAGUUUAAAUAUGACUCCAUCUACAUCUUCCAAUCCACCAGUAUUAUUGCCUUUAUCCGAAGUACCGAAUGAUUCAUUAGAAUCAACUUUAUUAAAUUCCAAAAAAUAUUCCAAACUAACUGGGGAUAAAUUGAAAGUAACGUUUGCAGAAAAUCCUAAUGAGGAAGAUAUUUCAUCAGAAUUAAAUAGUUCAUUAAAUGGUACAAAACCUAUAAUUCAUUAUCCUACAGUUUCUCCUGAUCCGGUUAAAAAAGAUAAAGGUCCUUGGCGCCUUAUACAGUGUGCAUCAAAUAAUGUUAAAUUGUAG